AUGUCUCUUCCACUGGAUAUACCUACAUUGGGGACGCUGGGGAAACAACUCAUCUGUCCCAUCUGUGUGGAGGUCUUCACGAAACCUGUGGUCAUUCUGCCCUGUCUGCACAACCUCUGCCGCAAAUGUGCCAAUGAACUGUACCAGGUGUGUACCAACCUUUGGGAAAUGCAGUCUUCCACUCUGGUUGGAAUCGGAGGACGUUUUCGCUGCCCUUCCUGUCAGCAUGAGGUUGUCUUGGACCGUCAUGGAGUUUAUGGACUGCAGCGCAAUUUACUCGUGGAAAACAUUAUUGAUGUUUACAAACAGGAGUCUGAAAGGCCUCCACCGAAGCCUCCUGUACAGUUCAGCUGCACGGAGCAUGAAGAUGAGAAGCUUAAUAUUUAUUGCAUCACGUGUCAGGUGACCUCCUGUUCUCUCUGUAAGGUGUUUGGGGCCCACAAAAACUGCCAAGUAGUUCCCCUCCCUGAUGUUUACCAGCAGCAGAAGGUAUGA